UCAUGGACAAAACAUUGCUGUCCCACAUUGAGAGCCAAACGGUGAUCUUUGGUUUCUCUGUAAAGGUCCAUCAGCCUCAUUGGGUUUGGUUCUCAGUGUAAUUGUAAAUAUGUGAAACUGUGUCUGAAAUUCUGUGUGGUGAUAGCAGGGGCCAAGAGAGAGGGAGAGGAUGUGCAGCAAGACACCACAAGUUUUCCCUGACGGAAACCCACCGCACAUUAGCAAAUUGUGUAAAUUGCAGUCUGGCUGUGAGCCAUUUGAAAAAGGUGACAAUUAAUGGGAUUGGUGUCAGCCUUGCACGGGAACAACUGAAUAAAUGCAAUAAAAGGCUACGAGACAACACUAUUCCUCUAUUCAUCACUGAUUACAGAUUGUUUUGUUAUGAAUUUGAGGACAUGCAUUACAUAAUUUGUAAAACGACGCGGUAGUGGAGACCUUGCUACAACACUAAAAUCUUCCCCGUUUGUGAGAUAAGAGGGUUGUAGAAUAGUGCGAGUCUUUCCUGUGUUGAACCUUAACCUGUCCUGAUGGUGGGAGUGCUGAAGUAAUGUAUCUCACUGUGACCUGGUACUUCGGUAUUUGCAUAAAAUGGCAGUUCUGUAUAUUCUUUUGGCGAACUGUAAAUAUCAGUGUUUCAUAGUAGCCUAGCUCACUUUUUGAGGUACAGCCAUUUGUGUGAGAUUAGCAAAAACAACUUUAUUUCUAAGAACUUGUAAAAAAAAAAAUAUUUUCAAUAAAAUUCCCUACCUCACCUCUACCGUGCAGAAAUGCUCCCAUUUUCCUAUGGUUAAUUUUCCAGCCUCAUUUGUAAACACCAAAAUGGCACAUUUUCAGUUAUUGGAUCAAAUCAAUCAAACAGUGGGAUGCUUGAAAGCCUAAAGUUUGAUUUGUUCUCUUUAUAUUCUGGAGAUCGGGUAUUUGAUACCUGAAAAGCCAAUUCUGGAAAUUCUGUGCCACUUUCAGCUCUGCUGUGGGCUGAGAGCCCGUCCCGUCCCCUCACUGCUCUGUGG